AUGGUCUCAGGUCUGCCGAGCAACGGGGCGGCAGAUUGCCACGCGUGCUGCUUCGGUGGCGGGAAAAAGGUCGACGCGGCGGAGACGCCGGAGAUCGAGUGCCGCCCUACUCAGACGCGCGCAGAAUGUGCGGAUAACAUCCCGUACGCGUACUGGGAUUGGGGCGCCAACUGGUUUUGUGAGGAUUGGGUGGGUAACGAGGACCAGGCGAACUGCGAGCUGUGCGGCGACUGCUGCAUCUGGCAAGACGGCAAGUGCACAUACAACAACAAUGAGGGAAAAGGGCCGAGUAAAUCUUGCCCCGCGCUCGAUACGCCACCCCCGCCUCCCACGUCAAGCCCAACAACAACGUUCCAGGCCAGUUGCCCCGGUCCUUGCACACGGGAGUCCAAAGACGACGCGUGCCACGACUUCGGCCCAGUGGACACGCCGUUCGAGCUGAUGACGCCCGACGCCGCGCGCGAGGAGUGCGGCCUCUCCCGGGACACGGCGAAAAAUCUCGCCAACGUAGGCUACGACCAGGUCAUGUGUCCGUUCGGAGUCCUAGUGAUCGGUCAUAACGAGGUUCCGGCGAACAACGUCAAGUUCGCCGCGAACGUGAUCGCGGAGCUCCUGGACCCGAACCAAGACGGCGUCGCGGACGCACCCGCCGUUCAAAAGGCGCUGCAGAUCGGGUCGGAGACGGCUGCCGUGUUCGUGAUCGGCACCUACAAAGAGGAGCACGACGACUUCUAUUCAGAUGCUCUAUCUGAUGCGACUGGUUUCCCUAAUAUGUUCGGUAGCCAGAAGCUCUCGCCGCCCGGGAGAUACUCCAUGAGCGCCCUCAGGAUCGGGACGCGGUUCCGUAGCGCGCUCGGGUGA